GGAAGCAAUCCGAGUUUACAUGAACGAAGUGGUAGCGAUGAUGAACAUCUCACAUUUGAGGUCGGGCGUCGGAGAUACAUCCCUCUUCAUGAGCGAAUUAAUCGACGAGUUCAGGAUAAAACACCAUUUUUCUCAUUAGAGUUUUUCCCUCCUAAAACAGCAAAUGGAGUGGCAAAUUUCUUCACCAGGUUGGACCGUUUCAAUGAGGGAGGUCCGCUAUUUGUUGACAUCACCUGGCAUUUGGCUAGCGAUCCAGCCAAUAUGAACAGGGAGACUUCAUCAUCGUCGAUUGCCGCUGGGUGUCUCGAUUACUGCCGGGUGGACACAAUGCUUCACAUGACUUGUGCUCAAUACUCUAAAGAACAGACAAUAAAGCAUCUCGAACAGAGUAAAUCAGUCGGACUUCGGAAUAUUCUCGCCCUUCGAGGUGACCUACCCCAUAUGGAUACUGAUGGAGUCCCAAUCUACAAGUAUCGAGCGCUGGAUAUGAUUCGGUGGAUUCGCGAAGAGUUUGGCGAUUAUUUCACAAUUUGCUGUUCAGGAUACCCAGCUGGUCAUCCCGAAUCCCCAUCGUACAAAGCCGAUCUGCUGUAUUUGAAGUCAAAAUGUGAGGCAGGCGCUCAGUUCAUCAUCACCCAAUUGUUUUUCGAAGCCGAGGUAUUUGAAGAAUUCGUACGUGAUUGUCGUGAAAUAGGCAUCACAGUUCCGAUUAUUCCUGGAAUCAUGCCAAUAAUGGGCUAUGACUCAAUACGCCGUAUAGCUACUCUAUCACAACUUACAAUCCCUGAGUCUAUUCUAUCUGAUCUUGAGCCAAUCAAACAUGAUGAUGAUGCUGUUAUGAAAUACGGGACCGUGAAGGUAACCCUUAGAAUUACUUCAUUUGUUUGUUAG